AUGUCUUCAUUGCACACGUCUCUUGCAGCUGCGCUUGUGGCCUGGCUCUUCUACCUCCUAGUCUUGACCGUCUACCGACUCUUCUUCCAUCCGUUGGCAAGGUUUCCUGGUCCUGCUUACGCUGCUGUUAGUCGCUGGCACGAAUGGUACUAUGAUGUUUACCUCGGAGGAAAGCUCAUCUUCUGGAUUGAGCAUCUCCACAAGGUCUACGGCCCAAUCGUGCGCAUUACCCCAGACGAGGUCCACAUCCUAGACGCAGACCUCUGGGAGACGCUUUACACGAAAGCAGGGCGGGUCGACAAGUACCAGUAUAUGUCACCUCGCUUUGGAAAUGAGAAUUCCGUCUUAACCACUGCCCCGGACGCUCUUCACAGGAUUCGAAGGAAUGCCUUGAAUCCUUUCUUUUCUCGUCAACGAAUCGUUGACCUUCAGACCAUCAUCAAGGGGAAGCUCGACAUUCUCAUUCGCAAAGUCCAGACUGCGAAGACGAACGGGCAACCCAUUGUCAUCAGCCGUGGUUUUCAGGCCUUUGCCGAAGAUGUGAUCAUGAACUAUACAUUUGCUCAUGACUAUGAUUCCCUCAACAAGCAAGACUGGAAGCCCAUCUUACAUGAUUCUUUCCAAGCUGUCAGUAUCAGCGGAAACAUGGCUCUCCAGUUCCCUUGGAUUCCAAAGAUACUCAAUGCGUUGCCAAAGAAGUGGUUGGCGAAGAUUGAACCUUUAUAUGAUCUGAUCUUCCGCAUGCAAGCGAUCAAAGCUCUAAAGUCUGGCAUGAGUGACGAGCGCAUUGCAAAGGCUGGUCAUACAACUAUUCUGUCCGAGUUGUUAAGAGGCGACCUGCCUGCGGAAGAGCUUUCGAAUCUACGCCUCCAAGAUGAAGCCCAGCUCAUAAUUGGCGCUGGCCUUGCGACGACUGGGUGGACUUUGAGCUUGGGCAUAUAUUAUAUUCUCUCGAAUCCAAAUGUGCUGCACACUCUACGCAAAGAGCUGAACGAUGCCAUACCAGAAGCAAACCUCCGCAGUCCAAGUCAACACCUCGACUGGACUAAGCUUGAACGUUUGCCAUACCUCAUGGGAUGUGUCCGUGAGGCAGUGCGCUUGUCCUACUCUACUACAUCACGUAAUGCGCGCAUUUUCAAGACACCCAUCCAAUUCGGGGACUGGAGCAUUCCUGCUGGCACACCUAUCUCAAUGACGAUCCCUUUCCUCAACCACAAUGAGGAGAUAUUCCCAAACUCAUAUGCCUUUGUACCAGAGCGAUGGAUAGGUAAUCCGAAAGCACCGAAUGGUUCAAGCCUGGAAAGAUACUUUGUUGGUUUCGGCAAAGGCUCAAGGUCUUGUUUGGGCAUCAACCUUGCUCAAGCUGAGCUAUACCUCACAUUCGCCGCAAUGAUCCGUUAUUUUGACCUCGAGCUUUUCGACACAGACAAGACUGAUGUGGACAUGGCACAUGACUUCUUCCUGCCAUUUCCCAAGCUCGACAGCAAAGGUAUCAGAGUUCUUGUCAAAGACGACAAGCUGUACCAAUGACGAUCGACUACAAAUGAGACCUAUGUAAUCGACGUUCUAAAGGCUGCUGCAUGGCCAAUGCAACACCAACACGUCCCCUAGGUUUAAUAAUAUCGAAUGUAUAGUUUCUAAUACAUUCGCUCUACCUACACUCUCUAAGGUCGAGAAGUAAGGGUGCUCCCAAUGCAACACAGAUUGAGUCACGUCAUCGUAACUUGACAAGAUGUUCCCUGUCAAGACCACUUAUCGCCAUCUCGUGUGCAAACUGCGCCGCAUAUUGACCAUCACACGACUUCUCGUAGGAGCCCUAUCCAGACACCACGACUUCACCGCCGCUCGUCUGCCCUCGAAUCGGCGUCAACACCCACCAUCACACGCCUCACGAUGCUCCUGGUUCCCUACUACCACAGGCUGCCACAUGCUGUACACACCCGGAUACAAACUGCUUUAGCCAGGGAAAGCAAG